CAUUUUUUCAUUAGCAAACCUUCAUUACCUGCAGAAAGUGAACCGGGCUCUGUGCAGGGGAGGUGAGGGGUUAAUGGCGGCUACGCGGCAACGUUAGUUAACUUUAAUUACCACUAAAUUGCCCCACCAUGUCAGAAAAUGCUCCUCUUCUACAUUACCGACUUACCAGCGGCAGUAUCGGCCUGGAGAGGAAAGAUGUGUCCACACAUAGCGGGGACAAGGCGAGCAAAGACGGUCGACGGACCGAGGAGAAGACCGCCCAGAAGCUCGGAGUGGUGUUUGGCGUGGUCAUACCAACUUUACUGUCCAUGUUUAGCGUCGUUGUAUUUCUGCGUAUUGGAUUUGUUGUGGGUCAAGCAGGGCUCUACCAGUCCAUUCUCAUGUUCCUAGUGGCCUACUUUAUCAUCACGAUGACUGUGCUUUCUGUCUGUGCCAUCUCCACCAAUGGGGCUUUAGAUGCUGGAGGUGCCUACUAUAUGAUCAGCCGAGCCCUUGGUCCAGAGUUUGGCGGCAGCAUUGGGAUCAUGUUUUUCUUUGCCAAUGUGUGCGGCAGUGCUCUUUAUGUUUUGGGUCUGGUAGAGGCCAUCAUGUCUACCUUUGGCAUCCCAGAAGAGGGUGCUGCAGGUGUCCAGGUAUUGCCCUCAGGAUACUGGUGGUCUCUGCUGUAUGGGACUGUCCUGCUCUUCUUGUGUUUCAUUGUGUGCUUGGUGGGAGCCCACAUCUAUGCUAAAGCCACCUUUAUUAUCGUCAUCAUAGUCGCGGCGGUUUUGGCUACCAUCUUCUUUAAUUUUUUCAUCGUGGGGCCCAUUGUGGUGAUUCUGCCAGGGAGUUCUGGUCGAAAUGAUACCAGCCUGAGAACUGCCAAUUAUACUGGCUUCCACCACCAGACCUUGGAGGGCAACCUAUUACCCAAUUACACAGUGGACUACACCACUGGUGCCAUGAUGAGUUUUGCCAAAGUGUUUGCAGUCAUGUUCAAUGGCUGCACUGGGAUCAUGGCAGGAUCCAACAUGUCAGGCGACCUGAAAAACCCCAGCUAUUCCAUCCCAAGAGGAACGCUUGCGGCUGUUUUUACAACUUUCAUCACAUACAAUCUGCUUAGUCUGCUGGUUGCGGGGUCCUGUGACCGUCACCUGCUCCAAAAAGACUACAGUUUCCUGAGCGACAUCAACAUAUGGCCGCCGCUGGUGACAGUUGGGGUUUACUCCUCCACCAUGUCUGCUGCCAUGAGUAACCUGAUAGGAGCCUCCAGGAUCCUGUAUGCCCUGUCCAAAGACAACCUGUUUGGUGGAUUCUUGGCUCUGGUGAGGAAAACCUCUCCUAGUGGGAACCCCUGGGCCUCUGUGCUUGUCUCCUGGUUGCUUGUACAGGUGGUGCUGUUCGCUGGUAAAUUGAACACCAUUGCUAGCAUUGUAACUAUCUUCUUCUUGUUGGUCUAUGCUGCUGUGAACUUGGCCUGUUUGGCUCUCGAAUGGGCUUCUGCAUCAAACUUCAGACCCUCAUUCCGUUGUUUUACAUGGCAUACCUGCGCUCUGGGCAUUCUAGGCUCCGUGGUUAUGAUGUUCCUGAUCAAUGCCAUUUAUGCAUUUGGCAGCAUAGCCUUUAUGCUGCUGCUAUUGAUGCUUAUCCACUACCUCGGUCCUAUCAGCAACUGGGGCUACAUCAGCCAGGCUCUCAUCUUCCACCAGGUGCGCAAGUACCUGCUGUUGUUGGAUGUGCGUAAGGACCAUGUGAAGUUCUGGAGGCCCCAGCUGCUGUUAAUGGUGGCAAACCCUCGCAGCUGUACGGGUCUCAUCACUUUCAUUAAUGACCUGAAGAAGAGUGGCCUCUAUGUACUGGGACAUGUAAAGCUGGGUUUACUUGAUGGGUUGCCCUCUGAUCCUCUGCAGAGCCGUUAUGACUCCUGGCUGUCUCUAGUGGACCAUCUAAACAUAAAGGCAUUCGUCAACCUCACCUUGGCUGACUCUUUCCGACAUGGAGUUCAAAACCUUCUUUUUAUCACAGGCUUUGGUGGAAUGAGGCCAAACACCCUUGUCUUGGGUUUUUAUGAUGACUGCACUCCUGAAGAUGACCUCCAGGGUAAAAUUAUCUUGCCUACAGGCCACGGCUUGGAUGCAGUGACUCCGUCCCUAGACCCCCAAGAGCAACGGUCUCCCUUCUUCCCUAAUGUGCGGGGUGCUAAGGAACACAAAAACCUUCAGGAAGAGGAAUAUGUGUCAGUGAUUGCUGACGCUGUAAAAAUGGGGAAGAAUGUGACACUGGCUCGUUACUUCAACCAGUUCAACCGAGAGGUCUUGGGGUCAGGAAUAAAGAUUCGGGGCCACCGAAGCAUGACGGGGCCAUUUGUUGAUGUGUGGCCUAUGAAUCUACUUCAACCAGACAGCCACGGUUACGUUGACAUCUGCUCACUGUUCCUACUGCAGUUGGCCUGCGUGCUUCAAGAGACCCGGGCCUGGAAACAGGCGAGACUCCGCCUCUUCCUGUGUGUGGAGGCGGGUUGCAGUCUGAAGAAAGAGGAGGAGAAGAAGCUCCGAGUGAUGCUAAAAGAGCUAAGGAUUUCAGCUCAGGUGCAGAUGGUGGCAUGGGACCACGUGGUGGCCCUGCACUGGCAGAGACGAGGAGGAAGAGUGGGUGGGAAUCUGGAAGAGUCUGCACAGAACGAGGAGAGGAGUGAGAGCACCGAGGAAGAGGAAGCUAAGAAAGAAGAUUGUAUCCAAACAUUUCCCAAUAAUGCUGCGCAGCUGACUGAUGAGUAUAUCUGUGCUGUCAACAAUCUGAUUCGCAGACACGGUGCCCCUGUUCCUGCUGUGCGUUUUUUGUAUUUGCCCCGGCCACCAGCAGACACGAGCCGUUACUGUGCCUACCUCCACCAGGUGGACAUGUUGAGUAGAGACCUGGGCCCAACAUUGCUCAUUCAGGGGGUAACUCCUGUGGUCACUACUGACCUCUAAAACUCUAAACUCUUGAUCCAUCAACAACCCUGAUCUGCCAAUUUACUCACCUGAUAAUCAAGCUGUCCACAACAUCAGACCUGACACUGACUCCACAACAAACCAGUAUUAUACUUGAUUCACACACAUUUAGCAUUUAUACAGUUCAUGGUUCCCUUAUUAUAUUAAGGCACUUGGGGAAAAUGGAUUUGAUAAUGUCAAGUUUACUUCUGAUGAUUAUGAAUGUGUAGUCCUCACUUGGAGAUGCUUCUAUAGUGACAUUCUAUGAUGUAUGAUUUGCACAUUUUGUGGAGUCCUUGCAGUUCCCUAGUGCUAUUGCUUUACAGGGACUGCUCUUGAACAUUGUCAACUUUAACUUUGUCGAUAGAAAAAAUUCUUAAAUUAAUUGUUGUAUUACCUCCAUCGUUCCUACAAUUUUAUUUAGAAUUGAGAAAAUAAAGACUGCCAUUAGUACUCAUUAGUCAUAUGUGUAUUUAUAUUUGGUCUAUUUAGGGCACCACCGAGGUACACCUUGGCUGUUGAAUGCCUCCAGAGAGAGAUAUGUCAGUAUCAUGGCUGUGCCGAUGUGCCAAGUCUGCCUUAACUAGGCCUUUGGUGUACUGUAGUAAUAGUCUUAAUGACAGUUAAUAAAUAUAAAUCUAUACUUGUACAUGUAGAAUAAUCUGAUGUGUCACACGUUUUCUGGAUCUCAAACUAGUGUCGUCACUAUUAAAGACCAUUACUGGU